UUCAGGUUCACGUUACCAACAACCUACAAGUAAAGAAUCCAGUCAUGUUUAUACUUCUAAUUCUAACAAGUCUGAGCAGAUGGAUGGAUUACGGUAUGAGAAAGCACGACCUGAUGACAAGAGACUGGCACGUUUGGUUCACUUGGCUCGUUCCAAGAAGGUCCGUGAGCAACAAAGCAAAAUCCUCCUGGAAGGAAGACGUCUCAUUUCUGAUGCUCUGGAGGCAGGAGCUUCACCACAAACCAUCUUCUUCAGUACAAUGAAGAGACUUCAGGAGCUUCCUUUCGAUAAGCUCAAACAUGUCAGCUUAGUCCAAGUCAAGCUGGAUGAUGUCCAGAUCUGGCCUGAUCUUGAUGCCCCAGUAGACAUGAUAGCCAUCUUCAAGCGUCCAGAACCUCACCAGAUGCAAUUUUCUGAGGAGAAAUAUGGGAAGCCAUUACCCUUGACACUUAUCUGUGAUAAUCUGCGAGAUCCAGGUAACCUGGGUGCAACCCUACGCUGUGCUGCUGCUGCUGGGUGCCACAACGUGCUGCUCAGUACAGGUUGUGUUGACAUCUGGGAGCCCAAGGUUCUCCGUGCUGCCAUGGGCUCCCACUUUCGCCUUCCCAUGAUCCCUAACCUUACCUGGUCCGAUAUUUACACCCACCUUCCUGCUACCACAAAUGUCCAUGUGGCUGACAACUGCAAAGGCACGAGAACUGAGCGUGAACUCACAGCAACACCUCGGCAGCAGCUUAAAGCUGGAGACCAUGGAUGGAUCAGCAGUCGUCACAACUCCAGACGAAGUGAUUAUGAAGAUGAAGAGUUUAGUGACAAUGAAGAUUAUGAGCAGUCAGGCCCUGUUUUAGAGACUCAGCCUUAUCAUAUGAAAUGGACUAGUGGGCACACGGCUGUUGUGAUUGGUGGAGAGGCUCAUGGUUUGAGCCAGGAAGCUUUGCGAUUGGCUGAGAGAACAGGGGGGAGAAGAUUAUUGGUCCCUAUGGUGCAAGGGGUGGACAGUCUGAAUUCGGCCAUGGCUGCCAGUGUCCUGCUGUUUGAGGGCAGAAGACAAGUAAUGCUUUUAAAUGAGACAGAGAGGUCACAGUUAAGUCAUUUAAAGUCAUAAAUGAUUUCAAAGUGCAAAAUUAGAAGUUUUAUCAUUAAAAAGAAGAAAAAAACAAGCAUGUAAAGAUGCAGAACUUGGAGUAAGGAGCCUAAAUUCUAGACCCAUAAGCAGUGGAAAAGAAUAUGGUCUUAUGAGCUGUAAACAUAUCUUCUACAUCUAAGGGUCCAGUAUUUUUUUAUGGCUGUAUAGCACCCAACAAAUGAAUGACAAUCUACAGGACUAAAAGGAUGAUAAUGCCUCUAUGCAUAUUGUUGAAAUGGAUCAAGAGUUGUUUGAUGGAUGCAAAAAUAGUCAGACUCCUAAAAAGGCUUUCCAAUCACCAGAUUUAAACAUAAUUAAAGCUUUAAAACAAAAGACAUGCAAGUGAGGUGAAUUAAAGAUACAAAUUUGUCCAUGACUCUCGUGUAACCAGUAACUACUUGUCCUGUCACGAAUGUAAUCAAAGUGUGUAAAG